CUCUCCGACAUCAGUGUGACACUCUCGAGCGAGACGAGAAGCACCAGCAGCGUCAACAGCGACAAGAAGCAGAGCAGAGACUUGGACAUUACACACGCAGCCUUCUACUACUAACUACAGCAGCAGCAGCCCGGUGCGCGGCGCAGAUCCAGGCGGACUCCAUACAGUUGAAUCCAGCGGCAGAGAGGAGUGAGGGGAAAAAAAGUUUGGAGAAAUGCAGUCAGUGUACCAGCACCUGAUCAGCCUGCUGUUUAUCUUCAGCAGCCUGCAGGUUAACCAGCUGACGGAGGGCUGCUCGUGCGCUCUGACGCACCCGCAAGACGCCUUCUGUAACUCCGACAUAGUGAUUCGAGCUAAAGUGGUGGGCAAGAAGCUCCUGAGAGAUGGGCCUUUUGGAACGAUGCGCUACACGGUCAAGCAAAUGAAGAUGUACAAAGGAUUCGACAAGGUGCAGCACGUGCAGCACAUCUACACAGACGCCUCAGAGAGUUUGUGUGGCGUGAAGUUUGACAUCAACAAGUACCAGUACCUGAUCACAGGUCGAGUGUACGAUGACAAGGUCUACACAGGCCUGUGCAACUUCAAUGAGCGGUGGGAGCGCCUCUCAUUGGCCCAGAAGAAAGGCAUCAACCAUCGCUACCAGCUGGGCUGCAACUGCAGGAUUAAGCCCUGCCACUACCUGCCCUGCUUCGUGACCUCAAAGAACGAGUGCCUAUGGACGGACAUGCUGUCCCACUUCGGCUAUCCCGGCUACCAGUCCCGGCACUACGCCUGCAUCCAGCAGAAGGAGGGUUACUGCAGCUGGUACCGGGGCAUGACUGCACGCGACAAAACCACCAUCAACGCCACCGACCCCUGAACCCCAAAGCACCCUGCCUGAAAUCCACUUCCUCCUCCCUGACUCCAUCCCAUCCCGAUCACUUAUAGAGUAUUACAGAACUCUUAAAGCUCACUGGCCUGGGUGAUAAACUCUUUAAAUGGGCAAAAAAAGAGAAAAGAUCAAAUCCAUUACAGUGCCUGUUUCGUAGCACUUCUAAUAGAAAACAAUACCUUUUUUUUGUUGUGUAGAUCUGUUGAACUCAUCAUCAUUUUCCCAAACCAUGAAACAGUUCUUGCACCAAACUCUCUUUACGAUGUUAAACAGGUGACAAAGAUAGGCUUUUAAAAGGUCAAUAAGAAGUGAAAGAACUUGAUCAACCUCUAGUGUGAUCUUCAGAAGUAAUCCCCAAAACAAGCAGUCAGAUGUCCACAAUUAGAAGUCAUUGGCAUUAAUUACUUUCAUUAAGCCUGCUGCCAGCCUAGUAUUGCGGACGCUUUGAGACUAAAACGUCCUAAAGUGUCAGAUGAAUUUCAAAUCAAUGAAAAAGUACAACCAGUGAUCACCAUGUAAAUUUGAAAAGGUGUUACAGUGUGCUUGCUAGCAUUCAAUUCAGUUCUACAUGUCAGAUGCAGAGCCAAGAAUCUCUUCAACAAUACAGAUCGAGUGCCAACGCGAAGUAUAAUCUCUGAAAGUUAUACCUCUUAUUUUGGCUUCAAAAACUUUUUUUUUUAAAAAUGGUAUUGUUUUACAGUGAAGUAUACGUCGAUUAUGUUCAGUUUUUACUGUAACAUGUGUCUUUAUGGAUGGUAAUAUCUCUGCUUACCUGAAUGUUUGCAAUGUAACUCAUUUUGCAGUUAUAUCACAAACUACGCCCUCUCUGUUGAGCACUGAUAUAUCAGAAAAUGCUAAAAAAAAAAUUAAAAAUGUCUGUUACAGUGCCAACACAGGGAAGAGCUCACUUCUUGCAGAGAUCGUGAUAUUUUAUUUUUUGCUGUAUAUAACAUAAGCUACAGAAAUGAACUAUCAACUCAGCUGAAACCUCUGUAAUCCAUUUAUUUAUAUGUUUAUUGGAUUACUCUGUAACCAUGUGGUAUGUCCGUUUGAAAAAGAAGAAAAAAAUAUAGAAUAACUACAUUGUGACAACCAUCACAGCCUGUGCAAACGUCCACAAUGAAGGACUAGCUUCUUCAAUAAAAAGGUGGUACUUAUGGUACUUUUUUUUGUCAGCUUGAUCAAUGAAAGUCAAGUAUAAGCAGAGGUUUCAGACAAUGAGAUAUUUUUUAAGUGUAUAUUCAACCUUUUUGUAUUUAACUAUUUCAAAUGGACAUUAUAUAUAAAUAUAUAUAUAAAUGAAAGUAACAAUAUUGUCACUAAAUUCGUUCUUCUUCACCUGUUCCCAUCUAGGGUUUCUUAUUUUUCCCCAGUGCUGUACCUUCAGUCCAUUCCAAUAACAGACACAGAUUUGCCUCACAGGGAGUAAUGGCCCCUCCAUCGUUAACACUAAAUGCGUAUUGAAUAUUGCUAACACAGGCAGCACUGAGGACACAAACUGUGGCUUUGACCAAGUUACUUGUUUUAAAAAAAAAAGUAUUUUGAUAUUUUGGAAGUACACUUAUUUACUUUCUUGCUUGGAGUAAGAUGAGAAGAUUGUUACCCCUACACUUACAUACCUUAAAUAUGAAGCUACAGCCUGUUAGCUUAGCUUACAGUAGGAUAAAGACACAUCGUAUCUCUGUUUAAUUCAAACAAAUAUCAAAGUGUAAAAACAACAAGUUGAGCUAUUACAGAAAGAGGAUUAAACAAAUGAGAUAUAAGAAAAUAUACAUAUAUAUAUUUGAACAGAGCCAAGCCUGUGGUUUCCAGUCUUAAAGCUAAGCUAACUAUUCUGUUCAUAUGUAAGGGAUAAGUGGUACUGAAAAAUCUUGUCGAACUAUCAGCAAGAAAGCCUAUUUCACCAAAUGUCAGACAAUUUCUAUUCAUUCAUUCAUUCAUCUUCAUUCCAAAAUGAGAAAAAUGUGGAGUUUUCUCUGAGUUCUCUUCAUGUAUAUUCAGAGAACCACCAGAUACUUCAUGCUAAAGUCAGAUCUUAUUAGAGGAGGAAACCAGCUUGUAUCUUGACAUACAAUAUUGAUAAAUGAAUCUAAAUUAGUAUGAAGUUAUUUGAUUGCAGUGAUGUUAAGUAUUCAACUUUCAGCAAAACAUCCCUCAAUCCAUCUUAAGUUUUAACUAAAGUUUAGCUUCAGCCUGUCGGCCUCCUCUUGAUAAUGAAUCUUUGGCUUCAGUUUGCAUCACACAGAUUCACGAUUAGGUAUCAUUUUGUUUUAACAGAACAGGUGACGAAAUACUUUGUGUAAAGCCAACAAAUCUACGUCAGUAAGAGUUAUUUCGUGUGUAAAACAUCUCCUUUGUCUUUAUAUGUGAUGACGAGGCUCUUUCUCCAACUGUGGCGUCUCUGUGUCGAUAUUUCUGUGGUUCAUGUUCGUGUAAAUAUACUGUCUGCUUAACACAGAAACACUUGGUCAAGUUUGAUCCUUUAAAAAAAAAAUCCAAUCAAGGAAGCUGUGUACAGUGUGUGUGUGUGAACACCGAUUCCUGAUGUGUGUGGGGGGGAGUUUCCUUGUAGGGGUUAUAGAAAUGUUUGACUUAAUUUCUGUGUUUUAUAUUUUUAUAAUAAAGAUUUAAUGAAAAACUGGC